GCACCGAUAAAGUCAAGAGCUUUUGCUUUCCAGGUGAAUUUCGGUGGUGGUUUGAAAACUCUCUUCUUAGAAAAAUGGCUGAGAGGAACUGGUUGGUUUCGUUAGAGGAUCUCCCUUCUCAUUUGAUCUUGGAGGUGUUAACCUCUGGCCGGCUUAACGCGGUUGAUCUACUUAGCUUGGAGUUGACCUCUGAGGUAUUUGGAGGAAGCUCUGGAUUGUCGUACCCUUUGAAAUUUAGAUCGCUAGUUGAUUACGCGGCGUCUCAGCUCUGCUCUGUGCAUCCUGUGUACGUGGGGAUGGGGUUUACUACACAGAAAGAGCUCUUUGCUAACUGUGAGGGGAACUGGAAGAGGCUUUUGAGGUUCUUGCAGUCUGUUGAGCAGUCCUCAGAUAUGGUUCAAACCUCUGCAGGCAAUAUGCAAGUUACAACAGGGAGGUAUCACACGUUGCUAAUCAACAACUCAAAAGUCUACUCUUGUGGUUCGAGUUUGUCUGGUGUUCUUGCUCAUGGCCCAGAAACUACUCAAUGUGUAGCAUUUACGCCUAUAGAGUUCCCGUUCUCUGCUAAAGUUGCUCAGGUCUCAGCCACACAGAACCAUUCUGCUUUCGUGUUGCAAUCUGGAGAGGUUCUUACAUGUGGGGAUAACUCAUCGCAUUGCUGUGGUCACUUAGAUACUAGCCGUCCAAUAUUUAGGCCUAAGCUUGUUGAGGCUUUGAAGGGAACUCCCUGUAAGCAGGUUGCUGCGGGGCUGCACUUCACUGUGUUUCUAUCAAGGGAAGGGCGUGUGUUCACAUGUGGAUCAAACACACAUGGACAGCUUGGUCAUGGCGAUACCUUGGACAGUCCAAUACCCAGAGCUGUUGAAUUUUUCCAAAGCGUUGGCCCUGUGGUGCAAAUUGCAGCUGGACCGAGCUAUGUGCUAGCUGUGACGCAGGAUGGCUCGGUUUACUCGUUUGGCUCUGGUUCUAGCUUCUGUCUUGGUCACGGAGAGCAGCAGGACGAGCACCAGCCACGUGUUAUUCAGGCUUUUAAAAGAAAAGGUGUUCAUAUACUCCGUGUCUCUGCAGGGGAUGAACACGCCGUGGCACUUGAUUCAAAUGGCCGUGUAUACACAUGGGGUAAAGGCUACUGCGGUGCUCUAGGCCAUGGAGACGAAAACGACAAGAUCACUCCUCAAGUUUUGGUCAGUCUCAACAACUGCCUUGUUGUCCAGGUGUGUGCAAGAAAGAGGAAGACAUUUGUAUUAGUGGAAGGUGGAGUAUUGUAUGGGUUUGGGUGGAUGGGAUUUGGAAGCCUUGGGUUCCCGGACAGAGGAGUUUCAGACAAAGUCCUGAGGCCGAGAGUGUUGGAGAGUCUGAAACCACACCGUGUCUCUCAAGUUAGCACCGGUUUGUAUCACACCAUUGUGGUCACGCAAACUGGACGCAUAUUCGGUUUUGGAGAUAAUGAAAGAGCUCAGCUUGGUCACGACUCACUCCGUACCUGCUUAGAACCUACCGAGAUCUUUCUCCAUUGUGGCCGGUCUCGUAACCAACUUUGUUGAUACAAAGGUACAUAAUCAAACAUGUUUGUAUGAACCGGAUUGAUAUGUUUGAUCUCUUUUUUUUUAUUUGAUUCAUGGGAUUGUAUCAAAGAUAUAUAUAUACGGUUCGGUGGAUCAUAGAUACUUACAGUGUGAAUUUUUGA